UCGUCCCUCCCCCUCGACAAAAACGGCCCGCCAGGCAAUGCAUGGGGUCUGUACGGCGCUCACGACGAGCUCGGCGCUCUAAACAUGAUCACGCCCUCGACCGUCAAAGCCGCAGCGCAGGAGAUCCAAACCGGCGACCGCGUCUCCCUAGACUGGUACCUGAACAAGCCUUCGCACCCAUCCUUUGGCCGCCCGUCUUUUGGCUGGAAGAUCGAAAACCGAUGUCACCCCGACGGAAGAAAACGGACUGUUAACGACGACGAACUGCACAUCAACACGCAGAGUAGUAGCCAGUGGGAUGGGUUCCGGCACUACGGGUAUCAGCAGGCGAAGCGGUACUACGGCGGGAGGUCGCAGGCGGAUGUUGAGGGGAGCGAGGUGAUUGGGAUUGAUCGCGUUGCGCACUCGGGGGGUAUUACGGCGAGGGGCGUUAUUCUGGAUUACCCGCGGUGGUUGGAGAAGAAGGGGAAGGAUAAGGUCGAUGCACUCGCGGCGAACUGCAUCAAUGUGGCGACGCUGAAGGAUAUGCUUCAAGACACGGGCGUUCAGCCUCGAGAUGGCGAUUUGCUGCUGGUGAGGACGGGGUUCACGAAGCAUUAUGACGCGCUGGAUGAGCAGGGGAGGAAGGAUCUUGCGACCAAGCCGCCGAACUUUUUGGGUGUGGAGAGCUCGAAGGCGGUCGCGCAGUUGAUUUGGGAGAGUGGGUUUGUCGCGGUUGCUGGGUAUGUUGCCCCGUCUUUUCUGUAUUCCAUGCUUGCUACUUUGUCUCCUCGUGGCUGACUAUUACGUGUCGCGAAGUGAUGCCCCGUCCUUCGAGAUGAGUCCGCUAGUAGGCCCCCAUAACGCACCAGGCGGUAUCUGGGCAGGUGAAGCGUGGGAAAACGACAUGCAAGGUGGCGGCCUGCUUCACCAGUGGUUUCUGGGUGGGUGGGGGCUGAUGAUCGGCGAGAUGUGGGAUUUGGAGCGCUUGUGUGAGAAGGCGGAGGA